AUGAAUUGCUGCCUUGCUUGUCUGGGAUUCUUCUGGGAUCCCAUAUCUCAGAGUCUGCAAAGCUUGCUGCUUGCUGAUGACCUCUGGGCUUACGAUGUUUUGGACGGGAAGUGGGUCAAGUUCCCGGAGCCAGGGAAGAGCUGCCGUCCCCGGGGAGGAACUGGGCUCGCCGUAGCCGGAGAGAAGAUCUGGAUAGUUUAUGGUUUCUCAGGUGAAGAGGUAGACGACGUCCACUGCUUCGACCCGGCCUCCGGGGAGUGGACGGAGGUGGAGACAACCGGGGACAAACCUUGCCCUCGGAGCGUCUUCUCCAUAGCCAGCAUUGGACAGCGCGUGAUCAUAUGCGGAGGCGAAGUUGAUCCGAACGAUCUCGGCCAUCUCGGCGCCGUGAGCUUCGCCGGCGAUUCGUACGUGUUGGACACGGCGACGAAAGCAUGGAAGAAGCUGGCGGAGGUGGCGGAGCCCGGGGAGCACCCCGGGCCUCGCGGCUGGUGCGCGUUCUCCGUGGGUCGCCGGGACGGGGAGGAAGGGCUGCUUGUCUACAGUGGGAAUUCGCCCACCAAUGACCGUCUGUGACGACAUCUUCUUCUUCACUCCUUCCUUUGCCAGGUGAGGAAAUGCUAUGAAGGUAUCGGACGCCAUGGAUCUAUCCUGGAAGGUAUCUGUGCUUUUUAUGUUGUAAACUCUUCAAAUGCCCGACUUGUGGGCAAGGUAUGUAUAUCUGGGUUUACUCGGAGUCCAACGAAAGCUUAUAUUCAGAAACUAUCGAGGUCCGACCGCCUGAGAACGUCUGGUUAAUUCUGAUGCCCAGGUCUCUGUCUCCUCUCUGUCUCUCGCUACCUCGCUCGCUCGUCUUCAGGUUUCAAGGUGACCUGUUCUUGUUUCUAGGUUUAUUUUAUGCUGAACGUAAGAACAUAGGAUCAUGGAUCAUUUACUCCCUUAGCUUAUCAUAAAUAUCUUGGAACUUAUGAAUAAAAAAGGAUUUAAGUGAACAUAAAUAGAGUUUCGUGGCAUGAAUGAAAAAGUCAAAAUGAUUUGGUUAACUUAAAUGAUAAGUAAUUUAAGAACAUAGGAUCAUGGAUCAUUUGCUCCCUUAGUUAUGAUAAAUCUCUUGGAACUUACGGAUAGAAAACGAUUUAAGUAAACAUAAAUAGCGUUUCAUGGCAUGAAUGAAAAAGUCAAAAUGAUUUAGUUAACUUAAAUGAAAAGUAAUUUAUGAAAAAGUCAAUGUAGAGGGAGUAAUGAACUAUGAAUGCGUUGCAUAUUGGAAACGAGUUCCCUUGUUUACUGUUAUUGGAACCAUAUGAUGUUCCGUAAUUUUAUUCUGGAUGUAAUUUCCUUUCAUUAAUGAUAUCCGUUAGUAAGAAAUAACGACGAUACAAAGUUUGAGAUGUUGUUAUCGUAGGUAACUUCAUGCGCCGUUUAUUUGCAAGGACCCCAGCUGGACAGGCGAACGUUGACCAUCAACUGUUGGCUGCUGGAAUAUUUCAACCGUGCUAAUAGUUCAAUGUCAACGUUAAAUUUCGGUGAAAUCGGACGAUCGGGAGAGAGAGGAGGAAAGGCGGGGAGAAAGGCACCCGCCCCUUCACCCCUUCAUUUCUGCUCCCUCGGUUAGGGUUCGGAGAAUUUGAAAAUGGUUUUGGAGAUCAGGGUGGCGAUUUCUUCCUCACGCCUCUCUGGUGCGGCACAAGAUUCGCGAUUGAGGACGACACCGGCGAGGGCUUUGGGAGAAUGCUGGAUCAGAUUCACCGCAGCGAGGCCAUCUCCGCCGUCUAGGACGAGAAGGAUGCCUACCUUGGAGAGGAGGACGAGGAUUAGGACUAGGACGACCUCUACGACGACGCCAAUGUAAGGUUCCUCCAUGUAGAAGAAGAAGCCGGAGAUGUUGCGGCCACCGCCGCCGCCCCCGCCGUUGCCGUUGCCUCAGAGGUCUCCUUCCCUGCCGGUCAUUCAUCAGCCCCCGCUCCUGCCUCCCUUCUUUUACCCCCUGCAGCAGCAGCCGCCUUUGGUUUUCCCAGAGUGGCGGACGUCGAUCCCUGGCAUGGGUGGGGAUCCUGCGGUCGAGAGAGGUUGCGAUGGAUCCUGUUCGUAGGGUAUCCACGGUGGUGGACUAGAGAUGCGGAUGUUGAAUGGGCAGGUGUAGGAGUUAAAGUUCAUUGAUGAGAGGGCAAGUAGCAACUGUAAGACCGAAGCAUCAUCUUCGUGUCAUGUUCUCCACAUAGAGCUUAUUAUUCAAUGGCUAUUUGCUUUACCAAUAGAAAAAUAGGAGCUAAACUUGGAUUGGACGUCUUCAUGCUCUCACUCUAAUCCAUUCCACCAUUCUUGUUCACCAAGGAUCAGUCUGAUGUUCUUGGCACUAUGGUGCCCAAAGGGUAGCUUCUUCAGCUCUGGACAUUCAGAUACUCGGACCAUCUCCAAGCAAGGAAACAACAAGGGAUGCUUAUAUAUGCUCCUCAAAUUUGGCAGAUGCAGUUGCCCGGAAAUGUAGAGCAGCCGCAAUUAUACAAGCAUAAACAGUUAUGUUGCAUUUCUACAUUGGUUGAAAAUAAGGGGUAAACUUGGAUCGGACGUCUUCAUGCUCCCACUCUAAUCCAUUCCACCAUUCUUGUUUACCGAAGAUGCGUUGGAUGUUCUUGGCAGUAGAGAACCCAAAGGGCAGCUUCUUCAGAUCUGGACAGUUGACUACUUCGAUUUCCUCCAAGGAAGAGAGCAACAACGGAUGCCUACAUAUGCUCCUCAAAUUCGGAAGAUCUUUCAACCAAAUCCACCUUAAUUUAGGGAAGAAAGAAUCAUUUUCAUAAUCCACGUUGUCCACCGUCACCUCUUCGACUACUAUCACCUCUUCUAUUCUCGAACAUCCAAAUAGUGAUAAGGUUUCAAUGCAGGGCAGUUGUCUGAUCCACGUUAUGUCCUCCAAUGCUUCACAUUUGGUAAUCGACAAUUCCCGAAGGUUUUUGAAGAUGGCAGCUGUGGUGGGCCCCCUCACAAACACGUUGCCAUCUUUCCAAGAGAUCGUUGCUCGGGGAAGAGACAACAAUACCAGUUCCUCCAGCUCUGAGAGCUGGUUCGUGUUGAAGACCAGCUCUUCCAAGUCGGUAGAACUCCAAAUCCCAAGCCUUCUCAGGCCCUUCAUAAUCUCAAGAAAAGCAGACAACUCUAAAGACCGGAUUCUCACCACAUACAGAUGUAGAAAUCUGACCGACGCAGACAGUCUCUGAGAGUUCAGUACAGCCUGCAUGUCUUCAUGCGUCAUCCAUGUUAUAAAAAUACCGAGCUCCGUCAGCUGCCCCAUGCCGUCCAAGUCUUUCAGACAGAGUUGUCUCCCCUCAUGGUCAACCACACCAUCGCUACCACCGCCCUCCCAUCCUGCUCUAAACUUACUCCUAAAAAUGUUCAACGACUGCAGCCUUUCAAGCGAUGAGACCGCCUCGCGUGGGAUACUCUUAAGAAGAUUAGUGUACUCCAGACGCAGUUGUCUCAGCUUCGUCAAAUUAUUGACCUCCAUGGGUAAUGAUUCCAGGGGAGUCCAUGAUAGAUUGAGAUACCGCAGUUCUACCAGUGACCCGAUUUCCGGGGGGAGAACCCUUAUUCCCGUCCACGACAGAUCUAAAACACGAAGGCUCUGCAUGAACUGGAAAAACCCACCGGGGAUUUCCUCCAGAUGACGUCCGUUGUGGUUCAGCAACAGCGUCUGCAGAUUGGGGCAACGAGGCUCCUCAGGAAGCAGGCGUAUCUCAUUACGCAUCAGGGAUAUCCUUCUCGCCUCCGUCCAUCUUUCCGGCGUCGGCACGUGCCUCAACUUCUCCCCGGAGUUCACCAAGAAGACAUUCCCUCUCUCGUCGCCUUCGCCGCUGUUUAUCCACAACGCCAUCUCGCGGACCGUGUCAUGGAGCUUCACGUGUCUUCCUUUGACCUCCCCGUCUUCUAGCAGGCAGGCAGCCUUGAGAUUCUUGAUGACAACGAGGCCGCGGUUACGAGCUCUCUCAAUGGGGUCGGGAUGGCGUCCCGUAUCUAAGAGCCCUUCACCCACCCAGUAAUCAAUGAGCUCGCUUAUAAGGAUGUUGUGAUCCUCUUGGAAGAGGGCGCAAUAGAGAAGGCACUCCUUUGCGGAUGUAUCUUUCAAUCUGUCGAAACUGAACUUGAGAAGAAUUAGAACCUCUUUCAUGUCUCCGAGCUCCACGGGUAUGCCCUUCAGCGCCAUGAGAGCCUCUUUCCACUCGCCAUGGGUGGUGGCAUCCGCCAUGGCCCGGCCUACGGUGAUGAGGGUGAUCGGAAGGCCUCCGCAUUUUUGACAAACGGCUUCUGCGAGAGACCUUAUAGAGAGAUCAUUCCACUGGUCUUCUCCUUUUCCCAUCUUUUGGCGGAAGAGCGUCCAAGAGCUCUCUGAAUUCAACAAGGGCACCUUAACUUUCCCUUGAGCAUCCAUAUCGAUGCACACUUUCAGUGAGCGUGUGGUGAAAACGAUCUUGCUUCCGUUCCUGAAAGAGGAAGAGAAGGGGACGCCUACAGCUUCGAGAUCUAGUUUCUCCCACAGGUCGUCCAGCAGCAAAAGGAAAUUCCUCUUGGAGAGGGCGCUCAGUAGGGUGUUGACCCUGUCGGUUGGAUGCUCUGGGAGGGUCUGGCCCUGGCCUUUUCCGGGGCGAGAGUAGCUUAGCCGGACGGCGAUGUCCUCUUGAACCUUCCGGACAUCAAGCUCCUUGGAGACGGUGACCCAAAUCACCAGAUCGAAACCGCCGGAUCCCCUCUGGAGGAACUCGUUGUUGAUCGCCUUCAAGAGGGUCGUCUUCCCAAUUCCUCCCAAGCCGUAGAUCCCGAUGACUGGCGCUUCAUUGUCUUCCAGGAGGCUGCGGAUCUCCGACAGCGUCUUCUCCGCGUCCACGAUGGAGGCCGAAGAGACCGGCUGCGGAACCACCGCGGGCAGCGGCGCCCGGAUGAGUCGGGGGAGGAGAUUGUUCUUUUCGGUCUUCAGCCUCUGGACUUCUUUCAGGCACUCGCCAGCUUCACAACCGAGCUUAUAGGAGGAUCGCCAAGAAGAGCCCUCAGGGGAGGCCCCCCUCUGCUGGAAGGAAACCCGGAAAACGGCCGCCCUGGACUCGAUCUCCUGCACCUUCCUGAGCCAAGCCUGGACCUGGCGGGUCGGCCCCAUGUCCUCAAGCUCCCCUUGUUUGAUCUCCUCUUCUAGAUCUGCUCUUACAAGGAUCAGAUCUGUCAUCUCCCUGUCCAGCUCCUCCGCUCUGGAGUCCAGCAGAAUGAGACUGGCGAUUCCACCGGCGGCCAGAUUCCAUACCCAGGAGACGGCUUCCCCCGUGCUGCUCUGCAGGAAAUUUUGCAUACCCUGCGAUAACAGAUCCCAGAAGAAUCCCAGAAAAAAAAGGAAGGGAUUCAUGCCGGCAAUUCCUACCCAGUGAGGAAGGAAGAGAUCGCGUAGAGCCGCACUGCUCACCGAACAGCUGGAAAGAUAAGAUGGAUGAGGAGUCGUGGAGCUCAGAAAAUGUAAUUUUGUUUCUUGGGGUCACCGCAUGGGAUCCUCAUCUGAAUAUCUUCCACCGUCUUCUGCCGAUUCUCCGGCAUUGACUUAAACUGUUCAGUCCCUGUGAGAUCAUUUUCUUCCGAUCAAGUGUUGACUUCUGGUUUAUUUGAACCAUCAAUCUCAGCCGUUCAUUCAGGUGAAAUCGGGCGAUGGGGAUCGAUAGACCUUCGAUGACGAUGGGGAUCGGGAGGAGAGAGGGGCUCCGGGCGGACCCCCUCACUCUCUCUCUCUCUCUCUCUCUCGCUACAAGAGAAAGGCGUGGAGAGAGAGAAAGAGAGAGGAGGUGGCCUUCAACCUUCUUUCCUACUUCCAGAGGAUUAGGUUUCAGGGAAGUUCAAAAGAAAUCGCCGGGGGGGGGGUGGUUCAUUUCUUCCUCACAUCUCUCUAGUCCGGCGCGAGAUUUCUUUUGAACGAGGACUCCGACGAUCUCUACCAAGGACGUCAAUGUGGGGGAGAAUGAUAGGUCUCCCUUUUCUCCGUAAGAUGGAUGGAGCUUCCUGUUUACCGGAGGGAGUCCCGUGGGUGCGUCGGUCGAGGGCGUAGGGCGUAGUAGGACGGAGGAGUAGACAACGAACUAGUUGGGUGCGUACACAAGGCAUCUGGGAAAGGGGUCGUACCCUGCACUCUGCGUGGACAAACCUCCGAGGGGAAGAGGGAAAAGGACAAUGGAACUGCGCAGAAGCCCGAUACUAGCCACUCCGAGGGGACAAACCUCCACACUCCACUAGGGGAAGACUUGAUUGUCCCUCGCCUAUCCUCCAACCUUUGCGUGCCACGGAUACUUCGCGUCAUGUGCGAGCCUUUCCUAGAUACCUGUGGAUGUGAAAUGAGACGAAAGUGGCGGCGGUCUGCUUCCUUCAGGUCCUCCUGCGAGGAUGUGAUGGGCCCGCCAGUAGACCAUCAGAGAACUUCCUCGAGACGCCGCGCAGGAGCGAGGACGCGGGUUUCCCCGGGGAGGCGGAGGUGGAGAAGAAGCCGGAGACAUUGCUGCCACCGCCGCCGCCGCCCCACCGUUGCCGUUGCCGUUGCCGUUGCCUCAGAGGCCUCCUUCUCUGCCGGUGAUGCAGCAGCCUCCGCUCUUGCUGCCCCCUCCCCCCCUGCAGCAGUAGCAGGCUUCGGUUUUCCCCGAGCGGCCGACGUUGAUCCCUGGCAUCGGUGGGGAUCCUGCGGGCGAGAGAGACAUCGAUGGAUCGAGGGGGUUUCCUGAGGUGGGAUUCCAAGGGCCCAACGAGCCGGCAGCGGUGAGGUAGGCCAGCCUUCUGUAGGGCUCCCUCCAGUGCCCGGGCAGUAUGGGUUACCAAACUUCCCUGGUGAUGGUUUUCAGAGGCAACAAGCUGCAGCCGCGGUUGGUAUUGAUGCCAGUUUCCUGCUGAUGCGGUUUAUGGCGGUGUGGUGCUAGAGGAAAAUUGCAAUGCCAAUCUCAAUGGUGGAGGAAGCGGUUCAGUUGUCGCUGCCGGCGUUGGUGGAGCAUCAGGUGGAACCAUCUUGUUCGAAGUUGUCGCUACCUUCCCUCCCCACCUGCAGUGGCUUCUCAUGUGAAUCUGGCCUUCAAUGGAAGGGGGAUGCUGACAGGUGGUGUAGGAAUGUGGUCAGCUCCUAAUGCAGAUGCAUUGGGAGGUGAAGAACACACCAAAGACCGGGGCAGGGAGACGGACCGAGGGAGAAGCUGGAGAUAGUCAUCGGGGUGAUGGGCGGGAAAGAGAAGUCCAUAAAUGUGUAAAAAUACUUAUAAAAAGCUGAAGAUACUAUGUAGCUAUUGAAGUAGUAAUAUAUUUAACUACUGAAGGUGAUAAUAGAGUAGAUUUUUAUUUUUUAAAAGCUCAUGAGAUUGCACUUGAACUAAAUUUGCAAACAGAAUCACUUGUACGUUUUUUGUCAUCAACAUAAUCUGCCCAAUCACUAUCUAAAUCACCAUGCAAAUUAAAUUAAGAAAUAUGUUGAUAUAAAAUUUCAUAAUUGAUAGUCCUAUGAAUAUAUUGAAGUAUUCUCUUUGCUGCUCCAAGAUGAUGAACUAAUGGUGAAUACAUAAAUCUUGUAAUCAUAAUAACUGAAAGUUUAGUCGAGUAUUCAUAGUUAACUAUCAUUGCACCAUAUGUUUUGUAUUCAUGUUAGUGUUGAAAGAAAAGAAAAAAAAAUUAUAUGUUUGGUUUCCAUGAAGAUUAAGAAUCUCUUUUGUUGUUAGAUAUUUGUUGUAAUAACAAUGCUUUGGUUAUGCUAAUGUUCUUCAACCAUUUAAACAACAUGUCACAAAAUGUAAGAUAUGUCAUGUAGAGUUGCUGGAGACACUUCUGUGCAUUUGCGUUGAUCUACAUAAGCCUUAUGAGUGGAUUAACAUGGUGGAGUUGUCAAUGCAUUUACUAGUAUCAUAAAGAGAGCCCACCUUGUCAUAUCUUAUCGAGUUUUCUUCAAGGGAUGUUGUCUCAUUAUCUAUAAUCUUUAGUCAUGUGGAGUUUGAAUGUGAGGAACUUACAAUUCGAAAGUUCUUUAUUAGUGGGUAGGUGAAAGUUUAUUAUCCCCAUUUCUUGUGUAACCCUUAUUGAAAUAUUUUUUUAUACACUAUAAUCUUUUAGUUUUAUUAAAAUGGAGAGAGAGGAGAUUGUGGUGAGAUACAUGGUCAUUGGAAGGACAACUUUUUUCAAGGAAUGUGACUAAAAUUAAACAGCUUGCAAAAAUUCUCUAAGACAUGCCCCACUUUUAUUCAACUCAACUUCAUCAUGUCACAGUCAUUGGAGAUACAAAAGUUAUAAUUUUUACUAUAUUAGAUGACAAUUGUCGAAGAUGAUUCAUCGACCCACUUCAUUGAUUUUUAAACUUCACAAAAAUAUCUAAAUUAAUUUUGGUGAUUACUAUCGUAAAGUUCAAACUCUAUUUUUUUGUACUUUAUACUUAUUUUUUGAUUUAUUGAAUGAUAGUUUGUGUGAUUUCAAGUUUUUCAAACCUUUUUUAUUUAAAUACAAUUCCUUUGGUUUUUCUAAAUUUUAAUUUGAUCAAUUAAAUCAUAUGUAAUUACUUAUGUAAAAAUUAUUAGAUGAAACUAUGUUAUGUCAAAAUCACAUUUAUCAAGGUGCUGAUGUCAUCUCAACAUCCACACUUAAAAUUUUCCAUUUAUAUAAAAUUUUAAAUAUAUUUUAUAUUCAUCAUUUAGUCUAUAAAGCAUAAAAAAUAGUAUUCUUUGAAAAAAAAUUAAGUUAUUAUCAGAUAGUAUAUUACAUCUCUGUGAUCAACUUAAAAAUUUAUCAAUAUUUCAAAAAAAAAUUAUCUAAUUAUAAUUUAUUUAUUUAUUAUAAAAUAUUUUAAAGUUUAAAAUAUUAAUAUUUUAAAAUAUUAAAAAUAUUAAAUUUAUGCUAUUUAUUAUACAAUAAUUAAGUCAUUAAAAAUUAUUCAGAAGUAUAAACAAUGGGAUUUGAUAAUAGGAAAAUUCAUAAAUCAAUUAUAUGAGUCUUUGUAAAAUAUGCUUUAAGACAAUAUGGUACUUAGUUGAUCAAAUUCUGACCAAAUAUUAUAUUUCCACAAUAAAUGGAUGAAAAUUGAGACAUGCAUUGGGCACUUCAAUCUAACAAGAUGCUCAAAAAUAAAAGAUUUGAGAGUAGUUGAAGAGGUGUGGAUGAUGAGGAUUUUGAAAAUGAAUAUAUAUUUUUUCCAAACUAAGGUUUAUUUACCUGCAAAGUGCACCGAAUGUGAGGAGGAGCAUGUGCAUACAUCUCUUGUUGUUUCCUUCCUUGGUGCUACUCCAAGUGGAUGACUGUCUAGAGCUGAAGACGCUGCUCUUUUUGAGCUCUCUGGUGCUAAGAACAUCAAAGUGAUUGGCAGAAAUAAAAAAUGGUGGAAUUGAUUAGAGUGGAACAAUAAAAACAACCAAAUAUAUCUGAUUGAGUGACUAGAUAGAAUUCAACAUCUAUUGGACAGAGUUCUCUUAUUCAUUAGUAGUCAUACAAAGAGUGAUGUGUAUCAAAGUAGUUAUUUUACCCUCCUUCUAGCUAAUUAUACAUCUCUCUCUCGUUAUGGCUUGAUUUAAAUUAUUCCUACUUACCUUCUUAUACCUUGAAGGAUUUAAUGAAAUGUCUUGGUCUACUAAGUUAGUUAUUAAAAAAUUGGGUGAUGUUAUCAUCACUUCUCAUAAUCUAUCCAAGAUCUUCUUUAUGUGACUACAUGUCUGCACUGCAUUAGGGCCCUAUGUUUAGUUGAAUUUGAUCUCAUAGUUCAGCUGACCAUGUGUUUGAAUUUGAUCUGAAUUUUGUUCUUGGGUUUUGAAUUUAAACUAGAUAAUUUCAAGAGAAGAAUUAGUGUUUUAUCAAUAGAUGACUAUUUGUGUUAGAUUGGAAGAAGUCAUUGGCUUAACUUCAAAAAAAAAAUAAAAAUGGUUACUCUCUUGGCUGAAUGUAGGAUCUUGAGACAAAUAGUAUUUGACUAAAUCAUCUGCCAAACUAACUUGCAAAAUCUGAUCGAAAGAGAAUUGAUAAAUUAGAGGAGCAUAUGAAUUAUCGUUUUAUCCGACCAAAUGGAUUAAGUAGUGAGGUUUCCAAAGGAAACACUUAUCUUGUCGAAUUUACAUCUUGGCUAUGCCUCUGCCUAUUAUACCUUGGAAGCAAAGUCAACAAUUGUUCUCUCUCUCUCUCUCUCUCUCUCUCUCUCUCUCUCUCUCUCUCUCUCUCUCUCUCUCUCUCUCUCUCUCUCUCUCUCUCACGCACAUGCCCAUCCCUUCCUUCUUGCAUGGAGAUUAUCAGUAUGAAUUGCUUCUUUGUUCGUUUGAAAUUCUUCUGGAAUCACCUAUUGCAGUUUACAUGAUUUCCUAUAGAUUAGAAUAGGGAAGCCCUCUCCUAGGUAUGGAAUCUCCACCUGUUAUUGCCGGCCAUUCUAAUUGAGCAGCCGACCUCUUUACUCAAUGACAACAUGGGCAUGGAGGAGACAUUGUCGGAGAUCCACCAUCUCCUAGAGGACAAUGAAGCAGGAAUCAUCAGGAACUACAACACGGGAGCAAUUGGGAAGACCACCCUCUUGAAGGCAGUCGACGAUGAGCUCCUCGGAGAUGGUGACCCAAAUCACCAGAUCAAAUCGGCCUUCGCCUUUAAGAGGGUGAUCUUCUCUAUUCCUCCCAUGCAGUAGACCCCGAUGAUUCCUGUUUCAUCGUCCUCCAGGAGUCAGCAGAUCUUCGACAACAUCUCCUCCUCAUCCACCAUCGAGAGUGAAGAGCUCAAGAUCAGAAUCACCGCGGGCAGCGGCACCUGGACGAUUAGGUGGAGAUUGCUCUUUUGGGUCUUCAGCCUCUAGACUUUGAGACACUCGGCAGCUUCACUUUUGGAUAAGGAUCCAAAAGAAGAGCCCUUAGAGGAGCCCGCUCUCUAUUGUGAGGGAGCUUGGAAUUUGUUCACAUAGGCCUCAAUGUUCAUCAUCUCUUUGAGCCAUUUCUUGGCCUGCUCGAUCCCCUCCAAGUUCUCACGCUCGCUUGAUCUAGUGACUUGGGUCACCGUCUUAAAGGAGCCUUAUGUUCUGAAGGUUCAAGAAGACAUCACCAUUGAGUCGGGCUACCCUCGCCUCAACCAAGGCCAGAUGCUUUUAGGGCAUCCAAUCGACUAGGGUCAGCACCCUAUUGAAGGUCUUCUCCGACAUCGGCGCUGUAGGCAUCUCCUUAUCCUCCUUGGCAAAGGAAGCAAGAUACUCUUUACCACAUGGAUAGAGAAAGUGUGCAAAUGAAUGGACGUUGAGUGGAAAGUUAAGGUGUUCAUGUUGAAUCCAAUGAACUCUUGGAAACUCUUUUGCCAAAAGCUGGGUAGGGGAGAAGAUGGCAAGUCUCCACUCCUCAUAGAGUUCUUCACCAAGUUCUCCCGACCUCCUCUUCCCAUGGUCGCUCGAUCCCUCUAUAUAAGCGAAGUCCUAGUGUUGCAUGUCUUGCAUGCUCCCACGUGUGUUUGUCCCCUUUAGCAUGUGACUCCAACCAGCCUUGCCUCGUUCUUGGGCUGAGCUGACUUCUUCGGGACCUCUUUCCUAUUGAGCCCAUUUGAGUUGUCAAGGUCUCAACAAAAGACCAGUUGUAUCCUUCUAUGAGAUUUCUCGUAGAAUCUGUUGCUAAAAAAUGUGGAGGCCUAUUGACGUGACUCAGUCGUUGUAUAUUAAAUCACGCAAAUAUAAAAUUUAUAAAACUAGAAAAUACAAAUUUUCAGAUAUUUAGAAGUAUUUCUAAAUAAAUAUAUCAAUUAUAAUUUAAUAAAAAUUCCAAAAAUAGUGGUAAUUUUCCAGGUCGAUCACAGGGAUGUAAUAUAAUAUCUAGUAAUUAUUCAGAAUUUUUCUCAAUGAAUAAGAUUUUCUUAUGAAUUUUAUACUAGGAAAUAAAAAAGAAAUAUAUUUAAAAUUCACAAAAAAAAGGAAAUAAGGGUGCGGACGUCAGGAUGACGUCAGCGCCCGGCGAACGCGAAUCAGACAGAAACAGAGUUCUGCCCGGCGAUUCUUACGUAAGCGAUUACAGACGACUUAAUUAAUCAAAUUAAGAUCUGUAAAAGCCGGAAGAAUCGUAAUUGAACGAAGUAUAGUUUGGUAAAUUAAAAUCACACAAAGUAUCACUAAAUGAAGCGUAAAUUAUAUUGAAAGCAGGAAAAUAGAGUUCCGGCGUCGCGACGGCGAUGCGUCGGCGAUGCGUCGGUGAUGCACUGGAAUCCUGAGCGUUCGGGAGGAUCAUCGUGCAGUGUCCACGGCCUCGAAGGCUCUCCUUGGACAAAGACGACGUGGGCAAUCUCUAAAUCUUCUCGUGAAGUCUAGAGAUCAAUGAAGUGGGUCGUCGAAUCAUCUCUGGCGGCUAUCAGCCGGCGGAGCGGAAAAACGGCGACUUUGCGGCUCUCCGGCAACUGUCACCCGAUGAAGAGGAGCUGGAUGGAGGUGGGGCGCGUGUCAGGGAGCUUCAUCCUCAAGUCCGUGCAGCAAGAGGAGACUCUUCAUCGCGUCUGGUACGCUCUCAAGAGGUGGCGACUGGUCUCCCGGCGGAUCGUCCUCUUCCCAACGACGGCUUGUUUGUCGAUCAAUCGGAGAUGAUUUACUCAAUGGGUUUGCGAUCCUUUUAUCGCGAAUCGUUCAGCAAUUUUAGUAGCAAUGCUCCGCGAAUCGCGUUGAUGAGAUUUUCGCCGAUGAUCCAGCGAUUCUCGUUGCUUAAUCCUUCACUGGUGAUCUGCAAGAAAGUCGUGAUAAUCAAAUAAAAAUAUAUGAAUUUUGACUCUGGAAGGAUUCAAACCCGCGCCGGUCGCCCGCCUCUUCUGAGGAAGGUUAGCUUUGUAAGCAAAGUCCCUUCUCUCGUGUGUAUGACCACUCCUUGCCCCACAGCGGGCUGGCCACCGGUGACGUGGAAGGGGAGUGGCUACGCGUGCCCUGUCAAUUCCCAAGCCAAGCUGCUCGAGCCCCUACUCGCAGCUUACUCCUCGACUGCGCUUCCGACCUGCUUGCGGGCCCGGCUGGCUGGCGGGUCACCCUAUUUUUGCAAUAUUUUUAUUUUUAUUUCUUGUUCUUCAUUUAUCUCAAAAGUAAAACUAUAAACAUCAUAUAAAAUCACAUAAUUACCCAAAAAUUCACAUUAAUCAAUUGAAAAUCAAAAAUCAUUCUUUAACACAAAUAUAAGUCUAUUUAUCAUGAGUUAAGGCUAAAACUAUAUUAUUUACUAAUUAUUAACUCAUGAUAAUGAAGACUUAUCACCUACCGAUCCAUAGCUUAAUAUUUUCCAACAAUAUUAAUUUUUUUUUUGCUCACAAUAUUUUUAAAAGUCAAAAUUUAAAGCAAGCCUGACAGGCAUAACUUUUCCAGGCCUUGUAGAUUGUAGAUUAUGACAAUAUAGAAUGUCUUUUUUUUAUAUGUUCACCUCUAUUGGUUCUUUCUUUUAGAAAAUUUUACUGAUUUUUAUCAUGCUAUCAGCCAUCCAUGCUUUUUUUUCUCUUUUCUGUGGAACGGUUUUCCUGUAGAAUGUUCUAUGUGACUUACUCCUUGAUAAGAUCAUCAAAGUGCAUUAUUUUUAUGAUCGAUCAUGCUUAGUUCUAUUUUGCAUGUUUUAUCAAUAAAAAUAGAUGUACUUUCAUACUUCACUGCUAUUAUUACUUUUUCAAAUUUUGUUUGUGGGAGUUUAGAUGUCUCACAAGAUCUGCUGAAUAUCUAGUGGUUGCUUUUGAGGUGUUCUUCUUGAAGUAGAUGGUUAAAAGUGAUGGUAUCUUCUUUCUCUCCAUUUUCUUAUGCUUGAAUUGAUUUUUUUUGAUGAACCAGAAUCAUGCUUAUUGGUGGGUUCGUUCUCAUGAACAUGAAAUCAAGCAUAUGCGGAUUGUUUUAACUAGAACUUAUACGUAUAGAUUGUUUCACCGGUAUCAGGAAAUGGAAUUCACAUCUACUUCUGGUUGAUUUUGUAAACCUUGGUAUUUCUCAGACACCCGUACUAGGAUGCCUAUUUUUACACCGUUCCUAAUAAAUGUAUGUUGUCCUCCUUCUUAUUCUUACACCAUGGUGGAGUUGUCAAUGCAUUUACUAGUAUCACAUAGAGAGCUUGCUUUAUCAUAUCUUCCCGAGUUUACUUCAGUUUCUAUCUCACUGUGUAAUUCUUUGUCAAGUGGGAUUUGAACAUGAGCAAUAUAUGAUUAUGAGGUUGUUGAUUUUCUAAAAGUUUUUUUAUUUACACCAUCAUCUUUUAGUUUUAUUAAAAUAUUACUCAUACAAUGAUCAUUAAUUUAACUGCAUAGUACUUUUUAGUAAAUUUUUCAAGAGAAUAAAUAGAUGGGUAGUGAUAUAAACUCAAUUAAUAAACAAGAAUGGUAUAAUCUUACCUUGAACAUCUAAAAUCCUUGCAACUCUUUCAUGUAUAGAGUUAUGGUAUGGGAAUGAAAUCAUGACAAGUGUAGCCCUUUUUAAUAGAUAGUUGCAUCUACAAUUUUUCUUUAACUAGGGAUUUGUCAAACACAAAUCAAUAUGUUGCAUGAAAGAUCAGUGAAUCUAUCAUCAAUAAAUACUAAUCUUAGAUUAUUUCUUAGACAUUUCCAUCUAGAACUCACAUGAGACUAUAUUUUGUAAACAACAUCAAAAGGCAAUUUAUAUGACUGAAAUGUACGCAAUUCAUAUUACAUGUAUCAUUUCUGAGAGAGAUGAACUAUUGGCACCUUACUUGUUGUGCCCAUUAUGUUAUGUAAUUUCCUAGUGAUAAAAAAUCUUUGAACACAGACUAACAUAGUGUUGACAUCACCAGAAAAUAUUUCAACAAAAGUUCUGUUGCUACCUACCUAAUAAGAAACUUCAAGAUACCAGUCCUCUCUAAUUUGACCAAGGCCAUGUGAGUAAGACUUGGCAUUGCAUGAUAAAAUCAUAAUCAGGUUGGUUUCCUAUUCUGUGCAGCAAAAAGGCAAUGAUUUAGCCAAAGCCUGAUUUCAAUCUUUCCAUCAUAGGUAGAAAGAAGAAAGCAUAAUCCAUUGAUACUAUAAAAAGUAAAAAAGCAUACACGUUGAUAAGUUCUUCAAUGGUGAUCUCUUCCCGAUUAGAACAUGGAGAGUACACACUCUCCAUGUUGACAAUCAGUCAUGCCUCUUGGCCAUCCAUUAAAGAUAAUGUUCAAUUGUGUGGUGAACAAAAGGUUGCCUUCUAAACUUUCAUCCCCUCCAAUCUAGUGCUAUAAUCAUAAGUAGUUUACAAGUGAUACUAGAGACACAAGAAAACUUAAGUUGAAACAAACAUUAAAGUUUAAAUUUUCAUCUACGUUAGUAUGUUGUGUAAAAGAGUAUGAUAUGAAUGAAAUUAGAACACAAUUAUAGCCCAUUUUAACUAAUGAUCAUGUCUACAAGCAUAGAAAAAUUUCAAAAAUGUACAAUAUAAUUGGAUUUGAUAAUAUUCAAUGACCAUAUUAAAGUAUUUUUAUCAUUAAAUUCAAUCACAAUUUUUCUUUAACCUAGGAUGUAUCAAGCACAAGUAAACCCUUUGUCUGAAAAAUUAGUGAAUCAAUCUAUAAUAUCAAUAAACUCAAAUAUUAUAGAUUUCCAUAGACAUUUGGAGAUAGAAUGCAUGCAAAUGAGAGUAUGUCUAGUAAACUAUAGAGAAAGAACAAUUUAUGUGACUCAAGUGUACAGGGCUAUGGUAUGGAAAUGAAAUUAGUAUAAGUAUAGUUGAUAAGUUUUCAUUAUCAUGAGCUAAUAACUAGUAAAUAGUAUAGUUUUAGCCUUAACUCAUAAUAAAUAAACUUAUAUUUAUGUUUAAGUGUGAAAAGUUAUUUUUAGUUGAUUAAUGUGAAUUUUUGGGUAAUUAUGUGAUUUUAUAUGAAUUUAUAUAAUUUUUAUAGUUUUACUUUUCAGAUAAAUGAAGAAAAAGAAAUAAAAAUAAAAAUAAAACAAAAUGGUGGGGACUCACCAGCCAGCUAGGCCUGCAAGUGGGGUGGAAGCGUAGUUGAGGAGAGUAGCCACAAGCAAGGGCUCAAGUGACUUAGACCGAUAGGGGCACGUGUGCGCCGCCCCCCUUUCACGUCAUUGGUGGCCAGUCAGCUGUGAGGUAAAGAGUGGUCAUACAUGUGUGAGAAAAGGACUCGAUCGAAAAUGUAAUAUUAUUAUAUUCACUAGAAAUAUCAGCACAAAACUAAUGUGGGACUAAACCUGCGCGGGUUUGAAUCCUCCUAGAGCCAAAAUUCAUAUUUUUUUAGCUAAUUAUCACGACUUUCCUAUAGAUCGCCGAUGAAGGAUUAAGCAACCAAAAUCGCUAGAUCAUUGGUGAAAAUCUCGUCAACAUGAUUCGCAGAGCAUUGUUACUAAAAUUCUUGAACAAUUCGUGAUAAAAGGAUCGUGAAUCCAUUGAGUAAAGCAUCUCUGAUUGAUUAACGAACAAGUUGUUGUCGAGAAGAAGACGAUAUGUCAGGAGAUGAGUCGUCACCUCCUAAGAGCAUACUGGAUGCGAUGAAGAGCCUCCUCUUAUUGCGUAGACUUAAGGAUGAAGCUUCCUGACACGUGCCCCACCUCCAUCUAGCUCCUCUUCUUCAAGUGAUAGUCCUAAAGAGCUGCAAAGUUGUUGUUUUUCUGCUUCGCCGGGUGACAGCCGCCAGAGAUGAUUCAAUGACCCAUUUCAUUGAUCUCUAGACUUCGCAAAGAGAUCUAGAGAUUUCUCACAUCAUCUUUCUCCAAAGAAAGCCUUCGAGGCCAUGGACAUUACACGACGAUCCUCCCAAACAUAUAGGAUGCCAGUGCAUUACCGACACAUCACUACUACGAUGCCAAAACUCUAUUUUCCUACUUUCAACUUAAUUUCUAUUUCAUUUAGUAAUAAUUUAUUGAUUUUAAACUUACCAAGAUAUACUUCAUUCCAUUACAAUUUUUCUAGUUUUUACAGAUCUUAAUUUGAUCAACUAAAUUAUUUAUAAUCGCUUACGUAAGAAUCACCAGGUGGAACUCUUUUUUCGCUUGAUUUGCAUUGGUUAGGUGCUGACAUCAUCCUGAUCUCUUUUUCGUAAAUUUUAAAUAUAUUUUCUUUUUAUUUCUUAAUAUAAAAUUCAUAGAAAAUAAUAUUCUUUGAGAAAAAUUCUGAAUAAUUACCAGAUAUUAUAUUACAUUCUUAUGACUGACCUGAAAAAUCACUACUAUUUUUAAAAUUUUUAUUCAAUUAUAUUUGAUAUAUUUGUUCUGAAAUACUUCUAAAUAUUCAAAAAUUCAUAUUUUCUAGUUUUAUAAAUUUUAAAUUUACGUGAUUUACUAUACAACGACUAAAUCAUGUCAAUAGCCCCUUUAACUGAUGAUUCCAUUUGCAAGCACCAAGUUUUUUCUAAAAUGUAGAAUAUAAUUAGAUUUGAUAUAACCAACGACCAUAUGAGAGUAUUUUUCAUCAUUAAAAUUCAAUCACAAUGUUUCCUUGACUUAAGAUCUAUCAAGUACAUUUCAGCUGGUUGUAUGAAAAAUCAGUUAAUCAAGCUAUCAUCCAUAAGUGCACUAAUAUUAUACAUUUCCUCAGCUUAGACAUUUGAAGACAGAACGCACAUGAGAGAAUGUUUUGCAAGCUAUAGUAGAAGACAAUUUAUGUGAUUGAAGUAGAUGCAAUUCACAUUCUUCACCAAUCGAAUUCCUUGGCUGUUUCAUUUCAACCACAAAAAUAAAUUUGCCGUGCUUCUUUCAAAAAUCGUAAUAUUACCAAAAUAGACGACAAAAGGGGAUAAACUUUGAUCAGAUGUCUUCAUGCUCCCACUCUAAUUGAAAGGCACUCCUUGGCGGAUGUAUCUUUCAAUCUGUCGAAACUGAACUCAAGAAGAAUUAUAACCUCUUUCAUGUCUCCGAUCUCCACGGGUAUGCCCUUCAGUGCCAUGAGAGUCUCUUUCCACUCGCCAUGGGUGGUGGCAUCCGCCAUGGCUCGGCCUACAGUGAUGAGGGUGAUCAGAAGGCCUCCACAUUUUUGACAAACUGCUUUUGUGAGAGGCCUUAUAGAGAGAUCAUUCCACUAGUCUUCUCCUUUUCCCAUCUUUUGGUAGAGGAGCGUCCAACAGCUCUUAAUUCAACAAGGGAACCUUAACUUUCCCUUGAGCAUCCAUAUCGAUGCACACAUUCAGUGAGCGUGUGGUGAAGACAAUCUUGCUUAUGUUCCUGAGAGAGGAGAAGGGGAUGCCUACAGCGCCGAGGUCUAGUUUCUCCCACAGGUCAUUCAGCAGUAGAAGGAAAUUCCUCUUGGAGAGGACCAUGUCGGUUGGAUGUGCUAGGAGGGUUUGACCCUGGUCUUGUCCUGGGCAAGAGUAGCCUAACCGGAUGGCGAUUUUUUUCAAUAUCAAAACUACUUAAACAAAGAAACCUGCCCUUCAUUGAUUCUCACCCCCAAUUUUUUUCAGUCUAGGGACAUAAUAUUUCACAAUAAAUAACUUACUCACUAUUAUAAUACAACUUAUUUUGAAGAAAAUAUACCAAAAUUCAAUUGAAACAAUCAAAAAUUGCUUCAUUUUUCUUCAUUCAACUACAAAGUGAAUGACCUUGGUCGAGGAUCAGAAAUAUACUCAAGAAUUUAUAUUCUUCUUCAUAAAUACAUAGCAUGAGCGAGAUAAAGAGGUUGUUGUCUCCUCUGGCAGAGAGGUGCUAUAAAGCAAGCCAAUACUAAAUUUAGUAGUAAAAAUUAUUAAAUUUAGUAGUAAGUAAUAUAAGGUACUCACUAGCUAAAUUUCUUAAAUUUCCCUUGCUAGGGAAGUGAGAAAAUACUGAAAUGAUCAGGGAAUAAUGAACUCAUCGAGGGUUUUUGCUAGAGAUCAUCAAGUUUUUUUGAGGCCUAACCCAUGUGAUCUGAAGCUUUAGCUCUUGAUUUUACAACCUAUGCAUUCCUGUGGCCAAGAUUUGCAUUGCUACCAAUAAUUUAGAACUAUUGCUCAACGCAAGAGUAUAUUAUGUUAAAUAGUGAUGGGGAUGGGACAUGCCAUGUCAUUAGUGCAUCCACGCCAGCCUAGUAUCCCGCCACAUCAGCAUGGUCUACCACGUCAUCGUCGAAUGCCACGUCAUUCCUAUAAAAUAUCCCUUUAAUGACACCUCCUUUCAUAUUCUAUAAAAUAUCCCUGUACUGACGAUUGAACAAAGAAAAGAAGAGGAGGAGAAGAAAUAAAUUUUAGGUAUUUGGUUAAGAUUACAGCAAAGUCACCCCAUUUAGGGUUUGGUCGCGAGGACCACCGUCGAGUCCGGUCAGUGGGAUGGUCGAGAGGACCACCGUAGCCCCCGGUCAAGGGGAUGGUCGCGAGGACCACCGCCGACACCGGUCGGAGCUUGCGGCCCGACGCGCCUCCGUCGCGCGUCCUCAAGGCGCCGCCGCCCUUCUCGCCUCCGCCGUCCUGCCUUCCAGCAGCCUCAUCGUCGCCGUCUCCCUCCGGUGCCGCCAUCCCGCCUUCCCGCCGCCUCCUGCUUUCACCGAUGACGCGUCCACCGCCACCGUUCUCUCCCCGGCGCCCCGCCGCUGAAACGCCCGAAUUAGGAUUUCGGCAGCGACUCCCUUAAGGGGGCACUUAUUGGGCCUCGCUCACUUUACCUGCCGGCCCAGCCAUCAGGCCCACCAAGCUAAUCCACCGCGUUGUCCCGCAUCAAAUAGUCUCAUGAUUGAGGAAGAUAUAUUCUUGAGAUAACUUCGGGGAAAGUCGAAUAUUACAUCUUUUGCGCACUACGCCUCCUCAUCUCCCUUCUGUUUCUCCACCGCCGUCUGAUCUCAUCAAGAGUGAGGUCAGGAGUGGGUCAAGACUCCAGUCGAUUCGAUCUAGUGAUUUGGGUCAUCGUCUCCAAGGAGCUUGAUGUCCUGAAGGUUCAAGAGGACAUCGGCGUCCGAUUGGGCUACUGUCGCCCCGGCGAGGGCCAGGGCCCGACCCUUCCACGGCAUCUACACGACAGGGCCACCACCCUGCUGAGUGCCCUCUCCCAGAGGAGGUUCCUUCUUCUGCUGGACGAUCUGUGGGAGAAACUAGACCUCGGUGCUGUAGGCGUCCCAGUCUCUCUCAGGAACGGAAGCAAGAUAGUCUUCACCACACGGUCACUGAAAGUGUUCAACGAGAUGGACGCUCAGCAGCGAGUCAAAGUGCCCCUUUUGAAUCAGGCGAGUUCUUGGAAGCUGUUCUGCCAAAGGCUGGGAAGGGGAGAAGACCAGUGGGAUCCCUCCAUGAAAUCUCUCGCAUCGGCAGUUGCUGCAAAAUGCGGUGGCCUGCCGCUCACACUCAUCACCGUAGGCCGGGGUAUGGCGGAUGCCACCACCCGCGGCGAGUGGGAAGAGGCUCUCAAGUCGCUUAAGGGUAUUCCUGCGAAGCUUGGUGACAUGAAGGAGGUUCUAACUCUUCUCAAGUUCAGCUUCGACAGACUGAAAGAUACAUCCGCCAGGGAGUGCCUCCUCUACUGCGCCCUCUUCCCAGAGGAUCACAACAUCGAUAUAAGUCAGCUCAUUGAGUACUGUGUAGAAGAAGGGCUCUUAGAAAGGGGACGCCAUCCCGACUCUAUUGAUAGAGCUCGUAAUCGCGGGCUCAUCACCGUCACGAGUCUCAAAGCUGCCUGCCUGCUAGAAGACGGGAACAACAGAGGACGAGAGGUAAAGCUCCAUGACACGGUCCGCGAGAUGGCCUUGUGGAUAACUAGCGGCGAAGAGGACGAAAAGAAUGUCUUUUUGGUGAACUCCGGGGAGAGGUUGACCCGCGUGCGGAUUCCGGAAAGAUGGAUGGAGUCAAGAAGGAUAUCGUUCAUGCACAACGAGAUAGGCGUGCUCCCUGAGGAGCCCAGCUGUGAUAAUCUGCAGACACUGUUGCUGAACAACAACCAUCCUCCAAGGGAAAUCCCCGGUGGGUUUUUCCAGUUCAUGCCGAGACUUCUUGUUUUAGAUCUGUCGAGAACAGGAAUAAGCCUUCUCCCCCCGGGAAUCGGGUCGCUGGUUGAACUGCAGCAGCUCAAUCUAUCAGAGACUUUCCUGGGAUCAUUGCCCGUGGAGGUAGGGAGGUUGACGAAGCUGAGACAACUGCGUUUGGAGGACGUCUAUUGUCUGAAGAGUAUCCCACGCGAGGCGGUCUCGUCGCUUUCAGGGCUGCAGUCGUUGAACAUUUUUAAGAGUUACUAUGAGUUGAGAGGAGGAUGGAAGGACGGUGGUAGCGAUUGUGUGAGUGAUCAUGAGGGGAGACAACUCUGUCUGAAAGACUUGGACGGCUUGGGGCAACUGACGGAGCUCGGUCUUUCUAUAACAGGCAUGACGCAUGAAGACAUGCAGGCUUUCCUGGACUCUCACGGGCUGUGCGCAUCUAUCAGAUUUCUAUGCAUGAAAGAGGUGGGAAGCUCGUCUUUUGAUUUGUCUGCUUGUCUUCAGGUUAUGAAAGGCCUGAGAACGCUUUUCAUUGAGCAUUCUACCCACUUGGAAGAGCUGAUAUUCAACACGAACCAGCCCUCGGAGUUGGAGGGUCUGACAUUGUUGCAGCUUCACCGAGCAACGAUAUCUUGGAAAGAUAGAAACGUGUUCGUGAGGGAUCUCAGCACAGGUGUCAUCUUCAAAAGCCUUCUGCAUCUAGAGAUUUCCAAAUGUGCAGCAUUGGAGGACAUCACAUGGAUCAGAGAACUGCCAUGCAUCGAGAUCUUCAGACUAAGCCGAUGCUUGAAAAUAGUAGAGCUGAUAGUAGUUCAAGAGGUGAUGAAUGGCGACGUGGACUAUGAAAAGGAUUCUUUUUUUCCCAAAUUAAAGGAGAUUUACUUGCAUAAUCUUGUCAAUUUAAGGAACGUCUGUAGGCAUCCCUUGUCGUUUCCUUCCUUGGAAAGAGUGGUAGUAUCAGACUGUCUAGCGCUGAAGAAGCUACCCUUUGGGCUCUCUAGUGCCAAGAACAUCAAAGAGAUCCGUGGUGAGUGAUGGUGGUGGAAUCUAUUAGAAUGAGACCAGGACGUCCGAUCCACAUUUGCUCCUUAUUUUUCCCCAUUUUUUUAA